AUGAAAGGGGUAGACGACACCGAUUCGCAGAGAUUGACGGCUUCGGCGCGAAGAGCAUUGAGCUCAGCCGUCCAUCGCAAGCCUCGGUUUCUCAUCAUUGGAGCCGGCCGGCGCGGAACCGCCUACGCUUCUGCAGUACGACGAGAGAGGCUGCCAGCCAUCAUUGCGGCGGUUGCAGAACCUGUACAAUCGACACGGAUUUCGUUUGGCAAGAAACAUGUUUGGGAUGACGGGGCACCACGAGAGGACCAGAGUUUCGACUCGUGGCAGGACUUUCUCGACUAUGAGAGUAAGCGACGGCGAGCCGAAGCUUCUGGAGAGAAAGUCUAUGCGGGUAUUGAUGGUAUCAUUGUCUGCACUCAGGACCAAACACACAAAGAGAUCCUGCAAGCCUUUGGACCACUCAAACUUCACGUCUUGAGCGAGGAGCCGAUUGCAACAUCUCUACAGGACUGCCAGGAUAUAUACGUCAGCCUCGGCGGUGCAACACCGGAAACAAUUUUUUCAACCGGUCAUGUUCUACGAUACAGCCCUCACAACAUGCUUUUGAGGAAACUUCUCUUAGAAGACAGGGUGAUCGGGGAGGUUAUAUCUGUGGAGCAUACAGAGCCAGUUGGCUGGUUCCAUUUUUCACAUUCGUACGUGCGAGGCAACUGGCAAAAGGAGUCAGUUGCGGCGCCAACACUCCUUUACAAGGCUUGCCAUGUGUUAGUAUCCCUAUUAUAG